AUGCCGCCACCUCGAUCAGUUGUACCUGUCCCUUUGGACAAAGAUUUGGCAAGAUUGAGCGCCACCCCUUUCUCCCUUAAGAUAGAGACCACACCACUUCCAGCGGGCUUUCAUCAGCCCAAGUUUACGGUCUAUGACGGGAAAACCGAUCCGUACAUACACGUAAGCCACUUCCGGCAUGUUAUGGCUAGAUACAAGCGUAACGAUGCUCUCAUGUGCCUUAUUUUCCCGUCGAGUUUAGGCGAGUUGGGCUUGAAGUGGUUUGAGAGGCUUUCGGAGGAAAGUAUCAAAAAGUGGCAGCAAUUGGCGGAAACAUUCGUGACUCGAUUUAAAACCAACACUAAAACGCCAAAGGAAGUUGACCACCUCCUGAGCGUCAAGAUGGAGUUUAGCGACUCCCUCAAAGCAUACAACUCCAGAUAUUGGGAAACCUUCAAUGAGAUCCUCGAUUGCCCGAAUAACUUGGUAAUCACCCAAUAUAAGCACGGUCUCCCGGUCGGACAUAGGCUAAGGGACUCGCUCAUGAUGAACCAACCGAUUUCUAUGGAGCUGUUGAUGCAGCGUAUCAACGAGCAUAUCCGAGUAGAGGACGAUGCGACUGCGUCCAUCACAAAGACAAACCCAGUGGUAACGGAUAAAAGGGUGGCUGGAAAAGUCCACGCGGUUGGACAGGAGACAAACCGUCCGAAUGACCGAGCAAGGAAAUCAGACCAUGGUCCGGAUCAUAGAAACCGAGGUAAAGGUCGCUGCAACGACCAAGCAGAUUAUCCCCGCGAUAACGCAGCAGAUGCAAACAGAAAGUUAAAUGCUCAGACGGGCAUCACCAAGGUUUUUAAAAUCCCAAUCUACCGCAUACUUAGUGAAAUCUACAACGAGGUUUACGUCCAAUUUCCAGCUAAGUUAGGCAAUGCGCAAAAGGGCUUCAAUCCGCAGUACCGCUGCACAUUUCAUAGGGAGCGAGGGCACCGGACGGAGGACUGCUUGCCCCUAAAGCAACACUUGGAAGAGUUAGUCAUCGCCGGUCACUUGAACCGUUACAUCGACGAGGGCGUCAGGGCCGUGCACCAUGCACCGGCUGAGCCUAGUGGUUUGGACGACCUAGAAGCCCCCCCCCAAGGAGUGGUCAAUGUGAUCCACGGUAUAGUAGAGCCAGCGCGGCCCGAGAUCAAAAGAGGCAAGACCGAGGAGAAAAAUGUGGUUAACUUCUCAAGCAGGGAUCUUGAGCGCAUUCAAACGCCGCACAAUGACGCUCUGGUGGUCACCCUUCGCGUCAAAGACUUCGAUGUUAAGCACAUUUUGAUCGACCAAGGCAGCUUGGUCGAGAUCAUAUACUACAACGCCUUCAAGCAACUCAAACUCAGAGAUACAGACUUGGCUCCGGCAACUUCGUCACUUGUUGGUUUUAACUCACAACCGGAGUGGCCAACGGGAAAGAUAAUCCUACUGGUUAAAGUUGGAUCCGUGGUCAAGCAGGUGGAGUUCUAG